AUGGUUAAAAAGCUUAAGAAGAAACAAAGACAACUUGAAGACCCGCUUCAUAAAGUCAUUGUUGAAUCAGAUCAUGGCAGUGAUAGCGAACGUUCUGAUAUUUGCAUUCAUGAUACUGGAUUUGGGUCACCUCAAAGGGAUUCUCUAGUUAUGUCGACUUUCAAGGAGACUGGAGGUCCUGGUGCCAAUGUACACGUAUCUAAUACGGAUACAAACUCCAGUUUAAGUGAUCCUCCAUCCACUUCCAUCCCUGAUAAGGCAAUAGUCAUACCAUCCGAGGUUUCUUAA